AUGAGAAACGGCCACAUGCUAGUAAAUAGGAAAGACUUGGUCAACUUAAUUAAUACUCUCAUUGCUCGUAACGAUUAUACUUUGAUUUCAGUAUUCACGAGGCCUUCGUAUCUUGAGUUCCUGGAGUUUUGCUUCGAUAAUGUUGAAGUUGGCAUAUGGUCUUCAAAGUUUAAGACAAAUAUUGACAAGAUACUUGACUUUUUUAUGAAAGACUUGAAACACAAGUUUCUUUUUCGUUGGGACCAGUCUCACUGCACCACAACAACUAUCCCCACUCCUGAAAACCCUGACAAGAACAUAAUGUUUAAAGAGUUGGAGAAACUUUGGGAUGAGGAGGAUCCCAACCUUUGUUGGGAGAAAGGAUUUUUUAACGAAUCAAAUACAUUGUUAAUAGACGAUUCUCCCUAUAAGGGAAUGUUGAAUCCUGAAUAUAAUGUGAUCUAUCCCGAAACAUUCAAAUAUUGGAUUGGAAAAUGGGACAAAACUAAAGGAGGGGAGUUAAGGGAAUUUCUGGAGGGUUUAGCCGAGGCUGAUGACAUACGUGAUUACGUCAGAGAGAAAUCAAUUGGCAGACCCGCCGUUACUACAAUAAAUGACGAUAACUACCCAUAUUUCGAAGCAAAAAACAGUAUUUCUUAG